UAUUAUCAAAAUUAGUAUUGCAUUGAUUUUUAUGGCCGCCGGUUGUGCUAUAAAUUGGUGAUAAAAUAGCAAUGAGAAUUUAAAAAAACUAAGAAAAAGAACAAGUGAAAGUGCGAAUAAAGUGAAGUGGCUAUCGAAUAAAAAUCGACAAUAAUUUAAAUACUUCUAACGAAACAAAAGCAAAGUACAUAAGUGCCACUUGUUGAUUAGUGAUUAGAAAUACGAUUACUUAAAACGAACAAAAAUGCGAAGAAACGAGUUCGAAAACAGCACUUACAAUGCACAAAACACGCCUCCCGCAGCGGUUUAUGUGCAGAAUUCAACUUCCGAUGCCUCAGUCAAUCCAUACGAGCGCACAGAGGUGGAAGAUUUGAAUAGCGGUCAGACUAUUGUCACCGAUUCUGAUACAGUUAGCAAUACACAACAACAAUUAAAUCCACUGCGACGCAUUUUCAUAUUGGAACCGCCCAUAUUUCUGCUGAAUUUCGCCACAUCAUUGUCAUCGGUGGUAUUUACCAAUCAAUUACUUUAUCAGUCCUGCAAAGUUACAUUUGGAUACACAGAAGCCGAAUGCGAGCCGAUGUUGGGCAUUUCGAAUGCAACAAUAAAUCAUGACAUCGAAAAUCAAGUGCAGCCUUAUGUCUCACGCAUUAUAUUGGCCAAUUCAUUGGUUUCUAGUAUUAUACCCGCAGUGCUAGCGCUCUUUAUUGGCGCGUGGUCUGAUCGUUUUGGACGCCGGCCGGUGCUUUUGAUUUCACUCACUGGCAUUUUCCUGGGCUAUAUUGUCAGCUUUAUUUUAGCCAUGGUCUCCGCUGCAUCUCCCACUAAUCCUUGGCUGUAUGUUAUCGCACAAAUUCCCGCGGCAGUGACUGGCUCUUCCUGUGCUGUUAUGAUCGUCUGUUACUGUUAUAUUGCCGAUGUGGCGCCACCACAAUUGAAGGGUCUCAAAAUGGUCUUGAAUGAUGCUGCCAUCGGCGCUGGUUCCGUCAUCGGCACACUGGCGGGCAGCGCACUCUUCGCACACACUAGCAUGCAAGUCGUAUUUGUCGUUUCGGCAGCAGCAAUACUAUUAGCCUUCGUAUAUAUCUAUCGCGUGAACGAGGAGAGUUUGAAGGUGGCGCACACAACGCUGGGUUAUAAACUCUGCCAAUUCUUCAGCGUUAGUCAUGUGAUUGAUCUGGUGCGCACCUGCGUAGCCAGACGUGCCAAUUACAUGCGCACUUUCAUUUGGUUCUCCAUGAUCGCUUUGAUCAUAACUAAUUUCACAACGUCUGGUGAAGGCAACGUAUUCUACUUGUUCUUGCGCGCCAAAUUCGAUGUGACUGUCAGCCAGUACAGUGACUACAAUUCGAUUAGCGAUGCCAUACAAAUUAUUGGCGGCAUUAUUGCUGUUAUUGCAUUCAGAAAGUAUUUGCGCCUGUCUAUCGUCAGCAUGGCCAUGCUCUCUCUCCUCUCCGCAGUUGGUGAGAGCACAGUGCGCGCAGCCGCGCAGCAAUUCUGGGAAAUGUACCUCGCCACGGCGCUGGGCUUCAUGUCGGGCAUUAUUGCGCCUAUGUUGCUGACAAUACUCGCCUUUGUCACGCCCACAAACGAAACCGGCAAGGUGUUCUCCGUCACUACUGCGCUGCAGACAAUCACACCGCUCGGCGCAUCGCCGCUCUAUACAAGUGUUUACGAUGCUACACUCUCCUCCUAUCCGGGCAUGUUCAAUAUAAUCAGCGCGUUGUUGUAUUUGCUUAGUUUUGUGCUCGUUACCGUGAUAUUAAUAGUAUCGAAACGCAAGCAGAUUACCGUUAGCCCUCCAAUUCCACCCAGAUUAUAAUAUGCAAUGUUAGCAUUUAUUAUAAUGUGUCUGAAUUUUAUGAGCGUUUUUUUAAAACUGCAAAAGUAAUGAUAAACAACUCACCCUACGGUAUUAUAAGACAUCGAUUGCAUUGAAGCCUUGCUGUAGUUUGUAGAAAGUUUUCAUAAGCUCUAGUUGUUGUUAAUUUUUUUAAAUGUAAAUUCAUAUACUAUACAUAUACAUAUGUACACAUGUACAUAUAUUUCUACUCUGACAUACAGUGCAACAUUCUUGAAUUUGUCGUGUAUUUAACAAAUAUACUAAACUUUUUCCGUUGUCAUGAUAUUAUAAAGAUUAAUUAUAAUAUUGGGUAGUCGAAAAAGUAUUUUCGUAUUUUGUCAUUAGAUGUCGUUGCAGUUGUAUGCCACAAUGUAAGCACCAAUGAAAUUUGUGAAGUCUAGGGAGACUAUGCUGUAUCAGUUCAUGUACCACAACAAUGGUUCGCUCGCUUCUGUUCUGGAAAUUGCGAAAUUUCGAUUUACUCAGAUGGAAUAAUGUCUCUAGCGAAAAAAUGGCAAAAAGUGUUCGACAUGGUACAUAUUUGUUUAUUUAUUAUUAUUACAAAUAUAAAAAAAAUAAGUUGAAGUUUGACUAGAAAUACGAAAAGACUUUUUCGACUACCCAAUAUUUAGGCUUAAAAUACCUUAAAUGUUUCACAAGCUUUUUUAAUGAUAAGCACUUACGGAGUUUAGCAUUUAUUUUAUAUUUAUAAGAAUUUAAAAGUAAAUAAAUUAUAAUGAAGAGGAAAAUCAACUUAUUCUAAAAGUGAUCAGA